AUGGCAACCUCAAACCACAUAAUGAAGGUUGCCAUUGUUGGCGCUGGUGGCAACAGCGGCAGCUUCAUGACUGAAGCUCUGCUCAAGACUGGCAAGCACACCAUUACGGCAAUUACACGGGUCGAUAGCCAGAACAAGUUGCCAGAAGGCGUGAUUCCUAAGAAGGUCGAUUACAAUAAGCCGGAGACACUCGUUGAGGCACUCAGAGGCCAAGAUGCGCUGGUCAUCACACUGAGUAAUUCCGUUCCAAAAGAGACCGAGAUGCAGCUUAUCAACGCCGCCGGUGAGGCUGGCGUGGCCUGGAUUCUGCCGAAUGAAUGGUCCCCAGACACCGCGAACGAGGCGAUGGUCAAAGACGUGUUUCUUCUCCAGCCGAAGGUGGACACUCGCAAGGCCAUCGCAGAUCUUGGCAAGAGUUCUUACAUCGCUGUAUCUACCGGCUUCUGGUAUGAGUGGGGUCUGGCUAUUCCUGCGGGCUUUGGUAUCGACUUUGCCAACCGCAUCGUCACUCUCUUCGACGAGGGUGAGACCAAGAUCUCUACCUCAACGCGGCCACAGGUUGGUCGUGCUGUCGGCGCUCUUCUCAGUCUGCCCAUUAAGCCCGAAGGCUCGAACAAAGAAGCCUGCCUUGAGAAUUUCAAGAACAAGGUAGUCUAUGUCAAGUCCUUCACCGUCAGCCAGAAAGAUAUGUUGGAGUCCGCUCUUCGCGUGACUGGUACCAAGGAAAACGACUGGACCAUCACAAAAGAGCCAGCUCAGGAGCGGUACUCCAGCGGUAUCAAGGAGAUGCAGGAAGGCAAGCGCAUUGGUUUUGCCAAGAUGAUGAUUACCCGAGUCUUCUUUCCCGACGGUUGCGGUGACUUCGAGCACAACAAGGGCACGCUUAAUAGUUUGCUCGACUUGCCUAAGGAGGACAUUGAUGAAGCGACCAAGGCUGCGAUCGAGCGCUCGAAGACUUCCAACUAG